AUGACCAAACAACUCAUCCGCGACAUCAUCAACGUCAUCAUCUCUUGCUUCCUCGACUGCCAUCAAGACAAGGAUAUCGAGCGUCACGGCCGAGAAGAACGCCGGCAAAACAACGCAGCUCGCCGCUCCGUUACGGCAUCUAAGCAGAUCACAACAAUCCCCGUCACCAUCCCCAUCACGUCCCUCAACACAUUUCCCAACACACCCCMCAACAACUCCCCCGAAACACAAGAAAAAAUGGGUGCCAACGGCAGCGGCAAGACUUUCGGCAUCGUUGGACUCGCAAUCGCCGUCCUCGCUGUCUUCAUGUGCGGCCGUCGCGAGAAGAAGCGCGACACCGAGCUGGUUGACAUUACGGAAUCGGUUGCUCGAGGCGACGCCUACACGCGCUCUAGGUCUCGUACCCCCAGUCCGCUCUCGUCGCUCAGGUUCCAGCAGCACCCGCUAUUCGCGAUCGUACUACUGAGUGCGUACUACUGA